AUGAGUUCCGAUAUCAAAUCGCCCGAUAUUGAGCGAGCACCAAGUCCCCAACAGGGCUACUGUGAGAAGGUACCCGAACAGACCGAGGUGUUCAACGACACAGAAGAUGGAGUCAAGUAUCGCACAGUCGGCUGGAUAAAGGCUUCAGUAAUCUUUAUCAAGAUUCUGUUUGCCGUUGGUGUUUUAUCUAUUCCAACUGCGAUGUACACCUUGGGAGCGGUUGGCGGGUCGCUUAACGUCGUAGGAUGGGGUGCCUUCAAUACCUAUGUUGCAGUUGUUCUGGGCAAGUUCCGUCUCAGACAUCGAGGAUGUCAUAGUGUCGCUGAUAUGGCCGAGGUUGUGGGCGGUAAAGUUACAAAGGAAAUCGUUGGUCUUCUCUUCAUCAUCGCAUACGUGCUGUCCGCCGGAGCAGUAAUUGUUGGAAUUUCGGUUGGUCUCAAUACCUUGUCCCAUCAUGCAGCAUGCACAGUCUGGUGGGCAUUUCUAGCAGCUGCCGUUGUGGCUUCGGUAGCCUCGAUCAGAAAGUUGAACCAGUUAGGCUGGCUCACUUAUCUUGGCUGCGGCUCCAUCUUUGUUGCGGUUUUGACGGUGGUCAUUGCCGUCACACAACGUGAUCGACCCGCAGCCGCCCCUCAGACAGGCGAUUACGAAUUUGGCUUCAAUGCUAUCGCCUAUCCAUCUUUUACAGCCGGCGUGGUCGCUACAUGCACAAUCUUCUACUCAAGCUCUGCGACAAGCGCCUUCCUUCCCGUCAUGGCUGAGAUGAAGCGUCCUGAAGAUUACCGAAAGUCACUAUAUCUUUGCAUGGGAUUCGUGACAUCAAGCUAUCUCUGCUUCAGCCUGGUCGUCUACCGAUGGUGUGGAAAAUGGGUCGCCAGUCCGUCACUAGGGAGCGCUGGACAGACGAUCAAAAUGGUAGCAUAUGGCAUUGGUCUUCUGGGCCUUGUUAUAAGUGCCUCGGUCUAUAUGCAUCUAGCCGCGAAGUAUAUUUUCGUGCGAUUACUACGCAACACAAGACACUUGCAACAAAACACUGUCACUCACUGGGUGACUUGGCUGACGUGCACUUUUGGGCUCGCCCUCAUUUCUUUUGUGUGCGCCGAGGCAAUCCCGAUCUUCAAUUACUUGAACGCAUUGGCGGGCUCAUUGUGUUUUGCUCCUCUCUCAAUGGUCCUACCGGCCUGGCUGUGGCUGUACGAUCACUCAAGCUUCAGGACAGGUACUGCCAUCCAGCGAUUGAUGUACUGGGUGCAUGUGUUUUUGAUUCCAUUUGGGUUCUUCUUCAUAGUCGGUGGGACGUACGGAGUCGGCCUACAGAUUAGAGAUGCUUAUGCAUACGGAACAAUCAAACCCGCGUUUUCAUGCGCUGACAACUCCAAUUAUGGAGGUUGA